AUGCCUGGACUACUGCCGGCGACCCGGCCCUGGACCCGCUUCGCUGCUUCUGCCUCGCGUUCCCUCUCCUCCGCGCCAAAGUACCCGCCUGCCUUUGCGUUCGACAUCGACGGCGUCCUCAAGCAGGGCCAGAACGUCCUCCCGCAGGCCAAGCAGGCCCUCCAGAUCCUUGCCGGCAACAAUCCGCUCGGCAAAAAGUACCCGUUCCUGUGCAUCACCAACGGCGGUGGUACCCUCGAGUCGGAGCGCGCUCAGAGGCUCACCAAGGAGCUCGGCGUCGAGAUUGCCGAGCACCAGGUCGUCCUGUCGCACACCAUCUUCCGCUCGUUCGUCCCCGAGUACAAGGACAAGCCCGUGUUUGUCGUCGGCGGCCGCUCGGACAACUGCCGACGAGUCGCCGAGGCGUACGGCUUCAAGCACGUCUACGUCCCGGCCGACGUCCAGGCGUGGGCGCCCUCGAUCUGGCCCUACGGCAAGCUCACCGACAAGCAGCGAGCCUACGUCAAGACGGCCGACUUCUCCAAGAUCCAGUUUGCCGCCAUCCUCGUCUUCCACGACUCGCUCGACGCCUUCCGCGACCUUCAGCUCGUGUGCGACCUCGUGCGCGCACAGGACGGCCUCUUCGGCACGCUCAAGGACCCCAAGGACGCCAACGCGUGGAGGCCCGAGCGCCAGAUCCCGGUCCACUUCUCGAACCCGGACCUGCUGUGGGGCAACGAGUUCGCGCAGGCGAGGUUCGGGCAGGGGGCGCUGCAGGAGAGCAUCGCGGCCGUGUACAAGCGCACGACGGGGCAUGAGCUGCAGCGCACGACGGGCGGCAAGCCGACCCGGGCGACGUACGACUACGCCGCCUCGCUCCUCCACUCGGCCGUGUUCUCGCCCUCUUCCAUCUCGCUCCACCCGACGGGCCCAGCACCUGCCCUCCCCUUUCGCGUCUACAUGGUCGGCGACAACCCGCAGAGCGACAUCGCCGGCGCCAACGCGUACCGAAGCGACAUUGCCGGCGCCAACGCGUACCAGAGCGACCAUGCCGACGCCAACGCGGACGGCUGGGCGUCAAUCCUCGUCCAGACGGGCGUGUUCCGAGGCGAGCGGCCCGAGGACGCAGAGCACGUCCCGACCGUCGUCAAGCGCGACGUGCUCGAGGGCGUCAAGUGGGCGCUCGAGCGCGAGGGCGACGGCGAGGCCGUGAGCCACAUUCCGAGCGCGCACGGCGAGAAGACGAGCGACGGGCCGCGAGAGUAACUAGACGAGCUCGAGGAGGAGGAGAAGGGGCAUAGACAGUGUUGCAAAGAGAACUAGUACAGCAUC